UGAGUUGUAGAAGGAAUGGGCUUAGGAGGCAAGUUACAGAGUCAAAAGAAGGACCCUUGGAGCUUAAGAGAGAGUAAGGUAAUGUGUCUGGAACAUGUCUGGAGGAAAAGAGCGAGGGGAAAGGCCCAGGUGUGCUCUGGGGAGGGAGAGCCACUAGACUGUAGGCUUCUUGACAGAGCUGGGGAAUGUGUUUUUCCCCUAUUGUGUCCCCAACACCCAGCACAUCGUAGCCACUAAAAUAUUUGUUCAAUUACUGAAGGAUAAAGCUUUUCAGGACUUUUUCUAAUAUGAGCUCAGGCUAUUUUAGGGGGUUCUGAUUUGCUUGGGAUUUCCCAGUGCUCCUUUGGGUAUCUUGGAAUGUUGUCCUAAGCCAAAAGCAGUUCCUAAAGGACAGAUAAGUAGAACCAGGUCCUCUAACUCAUCUCAGUCCUCUCCACUGAAAGUCCUGCAUAGUCCUUGACCUUGUGAGUUUUAGGUGGUAGGCAAAUGCCUCAGUAUCAUGCAGUUUGUUCUCCCCUCCCCGAGGUUGCCUGCGUUUUUAGAUCUUAGCACAAGGAAGCCAGGGAUAAGUGAGCCAUCUGUUAGCCAAGCCAGGUGCCCUGCAAGGUUUGCUUCGGGUGUUUUUCAAACUCAAAUCACUGGAGAAAGAAGGCAAAGGAGGGGGCUCUGGGUGGACUCUAGCUAACCCUCCCAGCUUUAACCAGAAUUGUCCAAAUUAUUUUUUAGUCAUUAUUUGAAUUUUUAAAAUAUUUCUUUAAAUGUUUUUUCUUUUGACACAUUUAUUCAAAAUACUAAAUUUUCAUUUUAGAGCUUGGUUUAUAUAACAGAGUGCCCUAAAUUGAUCAUCAGGAUACCUUUCUCUAAACCAGAGAUUUUCAAACGGUAUGCUACAAGAAUUUUUAAAACACGUACUACCUGACUGUUUAGUCAAGGGCACUGACCUCUUUUUUCUGAGAUUGUCAAAUAAAUAACAACAUCCAACACAACAGCUGUCUAAUGUGAAAGGAUCAAAAUUAUACUUUUUUUUUGUCAGAUGGGCAAAAAAUAUAAUGUAUUUUUUGUGUGGCGUAGAAUUUUAGUAAUUAGUUUAUGUGAUUUAAACACCUAUAAAUUUUUCUUCGUUUCUGUUAUAGUGUAACAAUUGAUCAACCCUAGUGGCCUGAGUGAAGCUGAGUUUCCUGUCCUCCUCAGACCUAGCUACAACUUCUCCCCUUCUUUAUCAGCAACCAUAACUGAGACAGGAUGUGCUAAGUGUGGGCCUGCCGCCACCCCACCCUGACAGGCGACCAUGGAUCCAGGAGCUGGCCCAGAGUCAUCUCUGACUGUCAAUGAGCAGGUCAUCGUGAUGUCAGGCCAUGAGACCAUCCGUGUGCUGGAAGUUGGAGUGGAUGCCCAGAUCCCUGCUGAGGAGGAGGGCAAAGGACUGGAAGGUGUGGCCACCGAGGGCUCCCAGAGCGGAGGCCCUGCUGAAGCCGGUGAACCUGCUGGUGAAGCUGGGCCAGACAACCCAGACUCCUCUGCAGAUGCAACUGCAAAGUCACUCCCGGGAAUCCCUUCGAGUCCUGCACCUGCUGUCGCCACCUUCAGCCAAGCCCCAAGCCAGCCUCAGGCAUCGCAGACCCUGACGCCACUGGCUGUACAAGCUGCCCCCCAGGUCUUGACUCAGGAAAACUUAGCCACAGUUCUGACAGGAGUUAUGGUUCCAGCAGGGGCAGUUACUCAACCUCUUCUUAUCCCCAUCAGUAUUGCAGGUCAAGUGGCUGGUCAGCAGGGGCUGGCCGUGUGGACAAUUCCUACAGCAACCGUGGCUGCCCUCCCAGGACUGACCGCUGCUUCUCCUACGGGGGGAAUUUUCAAGCCACCUUUAGCCAGUCUCCAAGCAGCGGCCGUGCUGAACACCGCUCUCCCGGCACCCGUACAAGCUGCCCCACCGGUACAGGCCUCCUCGCCCGCCCAGCCCCGGCCACCAGCUCAGCCCCAGACGCUGUUCCAGACCCCGCCGAUGCUGCAGACCACGCCUGCAAUCCUACCGCAGCCCACUGCUGCCACCGCUACUGCCCCCACCCCCAAGCCAGUGGACACCCCCCCGCAGAUCACCAUCCAGCCUGCAGGCUUCGCAUUUAGCCCAGGAAUCAUCAGUGCUGCUUCCCUCGGGGGACAAACCCAGAUCCUGGGCUCCCUCACUACAACUCCGGUCAUUGCCAACGCCAUUCCCAGCAUGCCAGGGAUCAGCAGUCAGAUCCUCACCAAUGCUCAGGGACAGGUUAUUGGAACGCUUCCGUGGGUAGUGAACUCGGCUAGUGUGGCAGCACCAGCACCAGCCCAAAGCCUGCAGGUCCAGGCUGUGACCCCCCAGCUGCUGUUGAACGCCCAGGGCCAGGUGAUUGCAACCCUGGCCAGCAGCCCCCUGCCUCCACCUGUGGCUAUCCGGAAGCCAAGCACGCCUGAGUCCCCUGCUAAGAGUGAGGUGCAGCCCAUCCAGCCUACGCCAGCCGUGCCGCCACCUGCUGUGGUCAUCGCCAGCCCAGCCCCAGCGGCCAAGCCAUCUGCCUCUGCUCCCAUCCCAAUUACCUGCUCAGAGACGCCCACUGUCAGCCAGUUGGUGUCUAAGCCACAUACGCCAAGUCUGGAUGAGGACGGGAUCAACUUAGAAGAGAUCCGGGAGUUUGCCAAGAACUUUAAGAUCCGGCGGCUGUCCCUGGGCCUCACACAGACCCAGGUGGGUCAGGCUCUGACUGCAACAGAAGGCCCAGCCUACAGCCAGUCAGCCAUCUGCCGGUUUGAGAAGCUGGAUAUCACACCCAAGAGUGCCCAGAAGCUGAAGCCGGUGCUGGAGAAGUGGCUGAAUGAAGCCGAACUCCGGAACCAGGAAGGCCAGCAGAACCUGAUGGAGUUCGUGGGAGGUGAGCCAUCCAAGAAACGCAAACGCCGCACCUCCUUCACCCCCCAAGCCAUAGUGGCUCUCAAUGCCUACUUCGAGAAGAACCCACUGCCUACUGGCCAGGAAAUCACGGAGAUUGCUAAGGAGCUCAACUAUGACCGGGAGGUUGUGCGGGUCUGGUUCUGCAAUCGGCGCCAGACACUCAAGAACACCAGCAAGCUGAACGUCUUUCAGAUCCCUUAGGGCUCAGCCCCCAGCCCUGUGUUCCCGCACUUUGUACGUGUCCCUUGGCACUCGGCUGCAGCCACGGCCGUGACAGCACCUGUCAUUCUGCUACAUGUGGCUGUGCUUGUCCUGGGUCUUGAGACUCCACCAUGUGCAUGCCUGUCAGCUGCCUCUCUCCUGUUCCCCACAUAUUGCACAUCGUGGGGAGGGCAGAGGGGCGCACUGAGAGCACCAGGCUAUGGGCUGGUCAUGCUGAGGGAGUGGAUUUGUGGUGUCACUUAAAGAAGCACUUUGCGAAUGUGGUUUUUGAAGGGUGAAGUCUGGUUGAGAACCAGAAACUCCCCGUCUUUGGGGUAGGGCUGCAGCAGCCCCUAAGGACUGGCCAUUAGCUCCUAUUUUCAAUGGCAUCUCUUUCCACCCUCUCUUCUUUGCUCCUCUGUGUAAGUGUGGCAGGUACGGCAGCUCGUCCAGUAGAACCACAGCCUCACCCCUCUGCAGGCACACUAUCCCCUGAAAGGAUCCAAGAGACACAGUUCUGAAAAGUGUGAUGUGCUGCUCAGAAGGUCAGACUCAGUGUCUGUCUUGACCUCGAGGUCAGAAGGUUCCACAGCCCUGGGGCCAGAACAUGUCACCUCCUCUCCCACCUCUCCCUGGUCCUUUGGAGGAAAAUUGCACUAAAGCAGAACCUUUUCUUUUGUAAUCCAUGUGAACUCUAGCUGUCCUGGAGUUGACCUGGGCCUGUGGCAGGUUGGGAACUUAGUACCUAAGGCCAUUCUUCCAGAUUUUAAUCUAAUAUCUGACCAUGACCAUCUCCCCCCAAAACAGUGUGGGUUAAGAGAACUUGCAGCCUGGAAAAUCCCCUUCCCAAGCAAGCAGGCACUUUGGAGAAAAAUGAGGAAAGAAGUGCUGACUCUUUCUCUUGUCCUCAUAUUCUUCCCAACCCAGGACUCUGGCCCUCUCAGAAGGGGCAAAUUAAACAAAAAAACAGGCAACAAGGCCUAGGGGAAAGGCCAACAUCCAGAAAGAGCUGAUGGCAGCCCACCCAGGAAGGUCUCUUGUGGAA